AUGUCUCCUGCUGCCUCCCACUCAUACCGCCUGCUGCUGUCUUCAGCAGCAUCACCAACGCGAUCCUGCAGCAGCAGCAGCAGCAGCAGCAGCAGUAGCAGCAGCAGUAGUAGCAGCAGUAACAGCAGCAGCAGCGGCAGUGGCAGCAGCAGCAGCAGGAUCAGCAGCAGGAGCAAUAACAGCAGCAGUACCAGCAGCAGCAGUGCUAGCAGCAGCAGCAACAGCAACAGCAGCAGCAGCAGCAGCAGCAGCAGCAGCAGCAGCAUGAGGGUGUACCUGUCUGUUGUUUCUCGGCAGCUGCAGCAAAUACGUCAACAAGAACCGAAUACAGAGAGCCAGCAGCAGCAGCAGCAGCAGCAGCAGCAGCAGCAGCCGCUGCUGCAACAGCAGCAACAGCAGCAGCAGCAGCAGCAGCAGCAGGAGUACGUAUCUCCAUAUGCAAACAUUCCUUGGCAUGUGUCGCUGCAGCUGCUGCUGCUAGGUUUAUACCGCCGUCAUUUCUUCUAUCCUAAGCUGCGUCUCCCUGUCUUCAGUUUGCUGCUGCUGCUGCUGCUGCUGCUGCUGCAGCUGCAGCAGCUGCGCCUUGCUGCCAGGCUGACUGACCCAGACAGCUAUACUGCAGCAGCAGCAGACUGCAGCAGCAGCAGCAGCAGCAGCAGCAGUAGCAGCGGCAGGGUAGAAGCAGCAGCAGCAGCAGCAGCAACCUGUACCAGUAAGAGUGCAGCAGCAGCAGCAGCUGCAGCAGCAGAGCAUGCAGAAGCUCUAUUGAGAUUUCGGUCUUCGUUUGCUGCAGCACCAGAAGACUUGCUGCUACAACCUGCUGCUGCUGCUGCUGUCUUCGUUGAGCUGCAGUACGGUGCUGCUGCUGCUGCAGCACUCGCAGCAGCAGCAGCAGCAGCAAGUACCGCUGUUGCUCUCCUUGCACAGGGGUUGCAUCAGCAGCAGCAGCAACAGCAGCAGCAGCAGCAGCAAGAGCUGCUGGGGCCCCGGGGGGGCUUCUUGGCGCUAACAGUUGCUGCUGCAGCAUCCCGUGAGCGGCCCGCAGCAGCAGCAGCAGCAGCAGCAGCAAAAGCAGCAGCAACAGCAGCAGCAGCAGCAACGAGGAGAAGCCCGGCGCUGCUGCCUUAUGUUCCUGCUGCUGCUGCGUUGCUGCUGGCCCCCCCAGCAGCAGAUUUAGCAGCAAAGCUGCAGCGGCUGUGGUAUAGUAUGCAUGCACCAGCAGCAGCAGCAGCAACACCGCUGCAGCAGCUGCAGCAGCAGCAGCACCAACAGCAGCAGCAGCAGCAGGAGGAGCAGCAGCAGCAGCAACGGAUCUGGCAUCUGCUGCUGACUGAGGGGACUGCUGCUGCUGCUGCAGCAGCAAAGCAGCAGCACAGAGUUGCCGAUGCGAAGCAGCUGCAUGCGCUGUCUCUCUAUCACCAGGUACACCCUCAUGCUGCUGCUGCUGCUGCUGCUGCUGCUGCUGUUGCUGCUGCUGCUGCUGCUAGCACUGCUGCUGCUGGUACUGCUGCUGUUAUUGCUCCUGCUGAUGAUCCCGCUGCUGCUGCUGCCACUGCUGUUGCUGCUGCUGUUACUGCUGCUACCACUGCUGCUGCUUCUGCUGCUGCUGCUGCUGCUGCUGCUGCAGGAUCGCGUUGCAAACUAUAUACAACGUUCACGCUCACCCCGCUCCCUCCAGCAGCAGUAGCAGCAGCAGCAGCAGCAGAAGCAGCAGCAGAUGCAGCAGCAAAAGCAGCAGCAGCAGCAGAAGCAGCAGCAGCAGCAGCAGUAGACAGGAAUAAGCUAUAG